GAAUUAUAAACUGCAGUGGGUGCUUGCUCAGAUGACCAUCCUCAAAAAAGCGCCGCCCAUUCUCGCAUGUGAUAGUUCUCAGGAAUUGUUGGCAUUGGGGAUGGAAUCGAUCCAACAACUGUGGAAAAGCAACUGACAUGAAUGAGUGAGGCUGAGUGAACAUGUGGAAGAUAUCGCAUUCAUUUGGAAGCGAUUCUUCUUUGUUGGAACUUGGAACGCGUGCGAAGUCAUCCCCGUUUAGCACCUAACAGGGGGUGUCAACUGAAAGCGUCACGUCUGAGAGGCUGCCAGCAACCUCAAAUUGUUGGCACUUCACCACAUUUUUGUUGGUUUUCUUCCCUCCAAACUGCCAUGAACUCUGACAAAAACCCGUGGAAGAUGAUUUUCCUCUACAACCCUGUCGUAUUGGGGGUCCAUGCUAGUCGGCAGGGGGGUACACCCCAAGAGUGUUUGUUGCGCGAUGGUUAAUGAUUGGAGGUGAGACUAAGUGACUAAGCGCCACAUCCUCAGAGCAGUGAAACACACCCAAAAACAUGUUUGCUUUCAAUCUUGCCCAUCUCUAACACCUGCGUGGGCCGCAAAAAGCGGCCAUGAAUGCAGUGAUUUGAAAGGAGACGUCAGUAGUUUUGAAUGGGGGUCCAAUGGAAUUCUGAAUACUUGUGCCAUCUACUUUAUGAGCUCGCUCAUUUGCAGAGGCAUGCCGAACGCCUGAGGUCUUUGAAUCCUUGUUGCAGCUCGGGCCGCACAAAAAAUAUCUAGGCCCAUUGGGGUCUCCGUUCGCCUGAGCCUGCAAUCCUGAGAAGUGGGUAGCUUGUGUGGUUGUGCAGCUUGGGUAAAACAAAUUUCCAAGAGACCCCAUACAGAACCUAUCAACUCAGUCCUCCAAGAUCCCAAAAGCAGCAUCUUCAGCAUCAUGUUUCUGGAAGGCAUUAUAGGUUGUUAUGGUGUUUUGUGUCAAAACACUGCUGCGUCCAGUACUGAAUCCUCUGGAAUCAUCCCUCGAUGUUCCCAGGAUUGGCUUCCAAUCUAGGCCUCUAAAAAUCUGGUGCUGUUCUUCGUGCCCGAUGAGUUGAUGAGUGGAGAUCAUCCAAUUUGUGGACCAAAGACGGCUUGAGCACAACUUAAGACAAAUGAAUUCAGCAAGAUUGAGAACAUACUUUGAUAAUGUCAACAAUGUUCAAUACCUUUCGACACCAAAGAACAUGAAGGACUGAUGGGCUUUUAGAAGGGCCCCAGAAUCCCACCCCAACGCGCCGACAUGUGCCGACAUGGACCGAACCGCCCAGCAGACACCUGCUCAGGACCACGUUCAUUUUGGUCUCUGUAGGGACCAUGCUCUUUGCUUCCGUCCAAUCGAUUUGCGUGGAGAUUGUGCAGCGCAGGAGAGACUUGAACAUGGAGGGUGAUGUUUGAAAGUCUUGUCAAGCAAGACAUUGCUUUCUUUGAUGGCACCAUGACCGGCCAGCUGACCAGUCGGAUGACCAACGAUGUGGCGGCCGUGGUGCAGCCGGUGCGACAGAUCAUGAACACCUUCUUGACGUCCAUCCUCCGGCUAGUUGGGGGUCUCUUUAUGUGCUUGUUCACCUCAUGGAAGCUGACAGUCUUGGCAGCCACCAUGAUCGGCCCUGUGGUCUACCUCACUGGGGUUUACGCCCGCUGGUCGAAGCAAGUGAACAUGAGCAUCCGCGUGUCCAUGGCCGACGCCAACGCGGUCUCCACGGAGGCCCUGCGCAACAUCCGCACCGUGCGGUCCUUUGGCGCCGACCUGCUGGAAGUGACCGCCUUCCGACAGCACAUGGACACGGCGCUGAAGAAUGGCAUGAAGGACUCCUAUGCCUCUGCGGGUGUCACGGCCAUCACACAAUACGUGGACUUCGCAGCCACCAUCCUAAUCCUCUGGUAUGGCGGCUACGCUGUGCUGGGGUAUGGGCAAACGGAUUUGCAGAUUGGGAAUCUCAUCACCUUCAACCUCUACUGGAACAUGCUGAAUGAUACUGCGACCACCAACCUCAACGGCAUGCUGAACACCUUGGUGAAGGCAGCAUCUGCUGCCCAACGUGUGUUUGAAAUCAUUGACUUGGAACCAGAUAUUCCAGCAGAUCAGGGCGAGAAGGGCAUGGAUGAAGGGCCCUGCAGCAUCUCUUUUCAGGAGGUGAAAUUCUUCUAUCCCAUGCGCCCGGACGCCAUGGUCUUGAACGGCCUGAGCUUCACCGUAGGUGCGGGUCAAACGGUGGCCAUGGUGGGCAAGAGUGGCGCAGGGAAGAGCACGUUGGUGGGUUUGAUGUUGCGCUUCUACGACCCCAAGGGCGGCGAUGUACUCCUGAAUGGAUGCCCGCUGACGGAAUACAACUUGCGGCUCUACCGGAAGAAAGUGGGAGUGGUGUCUCAGGAUACACAGGUCUUUUGCCGAUCCAUCUUGGACAACCUGACCUAUGGGCUGGAAGGAGGCGAUGUGCCCUCCAUGGAAGAGAUUGAGAAAGCGGCAGAAGCGGCAUCUGCCAACGAUUUCAUUCAACAAUUGGAUGAGAAGUACAACUCCAUGAUCGGCGAGGGUGGCACCCGCCUGAGCGGCGGGCAACGGCAGCGCGUGGCGAUCGCCCGGGCCUUGCUCCGGCGUCCCAAGCUGCUGCUACUGGACGAGGCCACUUCGGCGCUGGAUGCGGAGAACGAGGGGAAAGUGCAGAAAGCCUUGGAUGACUUGGUGCACUCGGUUCAUGGCAACUGCUCGGUGGUGCUCAUCGCACAUCGCCUGUCCACAGUGAUAGGAGGCUGAUAAGAUUGUGGUCAUGGACAGUGGCCUCGUGGCCGAGGAAGGAACUCACGAGGAGGGACGCUCCUGCGGAAUGACCACAUCUAUGCUGGUUUAGUGAAGAGGCAAUUGGCCAAGGAAGCCAAUGUAGUGGGCGAAGGUGGUGAGGCUGAAGGAAAGGGUCGGAUGAAAGGCAAGAGGAAGAGCAAGGCUGAGAAGGCGAAGCAGUCGGAGGAGGCGCCAGACGCGGAUUCCGCGGAUCAUGCUGGUCGACCCACCUCUCCGGACUCUGAGCCCUGAGCAAUCCUUCGGACUGUCAGCCGGCGACGAGUCGCCCCCUCGGCGUCUCGGAAAGAAAUGUUCAAAGACUUCUGUUGGAUUUGAGUUGGAAGUGC